GUUGUCGUUUGUGAUGUCACUGAACUAUUGUGACUUCUCUGAUGUAAUGCAGCAAGACCAAAUAUGUGAGAGCCUGAUUCCCACCAGCUAGGCACUUGUCCAGCCUGUCUUUAAAGGAAAGAGUUCAACUUACUUUGCAAGAGUGAUUACUUACCUUGUCCCAUGAAAUGAAGGGCCAUCUCUCUUCAAGAAGGAUGUCUGGGGAGCAAGCUUUCCUGAAACUGCCUCCUGUAGGAAAGGGUCAGAAAGUGAACUCCUAUAACAAGGAAGAGGACAUCUACAAAAUGUUUUUAAAAUUGUCUAGACUUCACUGCAAACUUCAGGACCCAAUGAAGGAGCUGCUUUAUCAGUGCGCUUGUGAGGAGGAAGGGGCACGUUUCCACGGCUUCAACUCUGAAUACCUUUUAACCGGUAAGGAGCUACCCCGUGAGCUUUAUCUUUCACCAGAGCCAGACCACGUACCACUCAGGAAAAGAAACAUUUCCAACAAGCUUGCUGAGGAAUACAGGCAAUUCAGAUUGAAUUUAAAGGAUACCCCAAUGUCAGCAGUAAUUGUAAGGCUCAGAAGAGAGAAAUACACAUUUUUGUGGCUAGAAAACUAAAAAAUAACUCAGGCAUCAAGAGGUAGCACAGAAUGAUUCUGAAAACUGUGACAAAGCUGCUUUAUAACUAAACGAAGAAAAAGACUGAAAAUAUAGUUUUCCCAAAGACUGAGCAUUACCUACAACUACUGCUGCCUGCUUAUGUUCCAUAGAGGGGUGCUUUUAGUGUAAUCACCUUCCUGACAAGUGGGCAGGGUGGCAGAGAAAAAAAAAGUUAUGCAUAUCUGGCAGUGGAUUUUUUCUUUAGUUUUGAUAUUCAUUUGUCUGCUUUAGUGCUCACAGUGACACUAUUUGACUACUUUUCUUCCUAUUUAAAAAAUGAAAGUUUUAAUAAUCAGAGUACAAAAUACAAUAAGAUUGGGCUCCAUUUAAGCAACUCUCCCUGAGUUACCUUUCUCGCUCAUGUAGCUGGGUGACACUACUGAGAAAAACUGGAGUUCAGUAAAUGUAGGUAGAAAGUAUCAAGUUAAAGUACUGAU